UCGGAGAAGUGGCUCUUUACGGAGCAAGAGCUUAAGCGAACGCCCAGUAUCCAGGCUGGAUACUCGCCAGAGCGCGAACGGACCGAGCGGAUGAAAGGAUGCGAUUUUAUCUUCAAGAUUGGCAUGAAAUUGCGACUACUGCAGAGUACGAUUGCGACGGCUUGUAUGUUCUUGCAUCGCUUCUAUAUGCGCUUCUCAUUGAGAGAAUACCAUUACUACGACAUUGGUGCAACGAGUCUUUUUUUGGCUACUAAAUGCGACGAGAAUGUCAAGUCUCUUCGCAGUAUCGUUGUUGAAUGCUGCAAGACGGCACAGAAGAAUGAGCAGCUCGUUGUCGAUGAGCAAUCGAAAGAGUACUGGCGCUGGCGCGAUGUUUUACUCUAUAACGAAGAACUACUGCUGGAAGCGCUGUGUUUCGACCUCGUCAUUUCGCAUCCCUAUAAUGAUCUACGGCAGUACUGGAAACGUCUUGGAGGUGGUACAGAGCUACGCAAGUGUGCAUGGGCAUUUGUCAAUGAUACCUACAGAACACGCAUUGUUCUCAUGUACAAAACACCAGUCAUUGCUGCCGCGGCCUUAUAUUUUGGCAGUGUCUUUACGGAUACGGCGCUAUCAGAGGUAAAUGGCGAGCCUUGGUGGCGGACACUGAAUGUCGAUCUGGCACAGUGCGAGGAAGUUGUCCAAAUCAUGAUUGAGCUCUUUGAAACAGCGCCCAAUCUU